AUGGCCCCAACCACCCUAAGUGACCUCCAGCCAUCAGCCACGAUUGAUGCCAAGCCUACAACGGUCUCUAUCCCAUCGAGCAGGCCCGAGAAGCCUCCUCCAGUCCAGGUUCUAGGCAAGACCAAGAGCGGCAAGACGCUGAAGAUUCGCAGCUACCCACAGUUCGACAACCUAGAAGACGAGCGCCUCUACCGCAAGCAGCAUCUCGCCGCUGCAUUCCGCGUCUUUGCGGACAGGGGCUUCGAUGAGGGCGUUGCAGGACAUAUCUCUGUUCGCGACCCUAUUUUGACUAACCACUUUUGGAUAAACCCUCUCUCCGCACAUUUCUCACUAAUCAAAGUCUCCGACCUUGUUCUUGUCGACGAGGAUGGAAACGUCGUUGAGGGCGACGAACCUGUCAAUCUCCCAGCCUUCGCUAUCCACUCCGAGAUCCACAGGGCGAGACCUGACGUGAACGCCGCCUGCCAUGCACACAGCGUCGCAGGAAAAGCCUUCUCAUGCUUCGGGCGUGAGCUCGAAAUGAUAACCCAGGACUCGCUGCGCUUCUACAAGAGUCACGCUGUGUAUCGCGAGUUCCGGGGAGUAGUUCUGGAUGGGGAAGAGGGGAAGCGGAUUGCGAAGGCGCUUGGGGACGGCAAGGCUGCGAUCUUGCAGAAUCAUGGACUGUUGACAGUGGGGCAAAGUGUAGAUGAAGCGGCAUUCUGGUUUAUUAGUCUUGAUAAGACUUGUCAUGCGCAGUUGCUGGCUGAUGCAGCGGCGGCCGCGGGAUAUAAGAAGAUUAUCAUUGACGACGAGGAGGCCGCUUAUUCGGCACCACAGGUUGGCGGACCCGAGAAAGGGUGGUUGGCGUUCCAGCCGUACUAUGAUGAGCAGGUUGCGAAGACGAAGGGGGAAUUUCUGUUGUAG